GAAUGGUCUAACAUAGACUUGUGUAUGGUAGAUAAAAAAUAUGACUAUAUUUUAAUAGAAUAGAUUAAAAAGCUACGUAGUAAUUAAGUAAUAAGACAUUAAUAUAAAAAAUAUACAGUAUAUGCAUUUACUUUGAGUCUUUGACUAGGAGUUACACAUUUACUUUGCCUAGGAAUUAAAUAUUACGUUUGACUACAAAAUUAACAUUUGCUUUGUGUGCCUAUAAAUAAAGCCGAAAGAUAGAUCAUCAGAUAAAGCCUAUUCUCUUCAAUCAUCUCAAACCCAAAGAAAAUAUAUAAAAAAAAAAAUGAAGAUCUCUUUCUCUUCUGUUCUCUUUGUACUUAUGAUUGUUUUCAUCAUUUCUUCUUCAGGUAACAAGAAAAUGGUAGGAGAAGCAAAAGACUGUUUUCAAACGUGGACGUGUGAAGGAGGAAGGAAAUGCAGAGAAAAGUGCGCAGCUAAAUACAAAGGGAUUGGAAGGUGUGAUGAGAUCACUGCUCCUAUAGUUCCUCCCCAAUGUAAUUGCUAUUAUCCUUGCUAAUAUAUCUAUA